CUGGACCGACGAAAAUACUGCGAGAAGAAAAAGGAAAAAAAAGGAGCUCUUUCAUUAUAAUUAAGAAGAUGCAGAUCUUCGUGAAAACGUUGACGGGGAAGACGAUCACUGUCGAUCUGGAGAGCCACUUGGACUCCAUUGAUGACGUCAAGGCCAAGAUCCAUCUCAAAGAAAGGAUUCCGCCGGAGGAGCAGCGGCUGAUCUUUGCCGGAAAACAGCUUGAAGACGGAACAACCCUUGCUCGCUACGACAUCCACAAUGAAUCAAGCCUGGAUCUGGCGCUGAGACUCCGAGGAGGGGGGCUCGGGAAGAUCAACAUUGAACCCACUCUUAAGGCACUGGCUGAGAAAUUCAAGCAGCACAAGUUAAUCUGUCGCAAGUGCUAUGCUCGUCUGCCUCUGAAAUCCACAAACUGUAGGAAGAAGAAAUGUGGUCACAGCAAUGAGUUGAGGCCCAAGAAGAAGCUCGCCCAAACUCAAUUGACCUAGAUGCAUUCCAAGGAGUGAUUGGU